AUGAAGAUUGUAAUUAUCGGCGCUGGCAUUGCGGGAUGCGCAGCAUAUCUGGAGUUGCGAAAGCAUCUCCCAAACCCUUCCGAGUCCGAUGGAGACCAUGAGAUCAUUAUCUAUGAGGCCUACAGCACAGAUCUAGAUAUGACAGCAGAUCAGAGAACAGAGGAACAUACUCACCCUUCGACCCUUCUUGUUGGAGGUGGACUUGCCGUUGGCCCCAAUGGACUGAAUGUUCUCAGGCGCCUUGAUGAGAAUUUGUUGAAAGAUGUUGUUCGCGGUGGGUAUGUCACAGCCACCUCCAACAUGAAAAAUAAGAAUGGAUGGCAACUCGCCAAAAUGGACACGUCUCUGUCGCCAAACGAGCCGGACAAUCCCGAAAAUAUGUACAUGGUGGCGACAAGUCGUCAUUCGUUCUGGCAGGAGCUGCGAUCAAGGGUUCCAGACGAGCAUAUUAUCAACAAGAGAAUUUCGGAGGUGGUUGCUCGUCCUGAAGGGAGAAACCUGAUUUAUUUCGCCGAUGGCACUCCCUCGGUAAAAGCCGACCUGGUCAUCGGUGCAGACGGUGUCCAGAGUACCGCCAAGCGCGCCCUCUUCCCUGACGCCAGAAAUCCAUAUCCUCCACGUUAUGAGGGCCUUGUUGGCGUUGGAGGAUUCAUUCCCGCGGCCGAUGUCAAAGGAUUGGUCGAAAAAGGCUCGAUGAACUUCAUAUUCGGAGGAAAUGGUUUCUUCGGUUAUUUUUACGCUGAUAGCGCAGAGUCUGUUGUUAAUCGCGACUCGCCAUACCACGUAUCCGAGCCAGGAGAAUCACUCGCCUGGUGGUCGACCUACGGAAUUGAAGACUGCCCAGACCGCAAAACACUUGAUAUGGGACAUGUGACCCGGCAGCUUCGCGAGCGACACGCAGAUUGGAAAGACCCCGUUGUCCAAAAAAUAGUUCAAUCACUCCAUGUGACGAACAUGUAUCCAACAUGGACUUCGCCUGCCCUUCCAACAUGGGAGCGCGAUGGAGUAGUUCUUGUUGGCGAUGCAGCACAUGCCCUGCCACCAAGCUCGGGACAGGGUUCCUCGCAAGCAUUGGAGGAUGUAGAAGCUUUCAUCCUGUUCUUGGCUCAUUAUCUUCGCAAGCAUGGAAUCAAAGAUACUCGCACCACACCAGAGAGCCAGAAAGAGGCCAUCCGAGUCGCCUCACAGCAGUAUGUAUCUCUGCGAAAACCGCGGGUACAAGAAAUCUCGGAAUUUGCCCGAAAGACCCAAAACACAAAGCGACAGAUGGGAUUGUUCCAAGAGUACUCGAUGUACGCCUUCAUGAAACUACUCGGACUCUUUCCUAGUCUCAUGACCUCCCAGAUUCGCAAGGUCACAGAUUACAACAUUGCAGAACAAGUUGCGAAAGUCAUUGCCAGUGAGAAAUAA